GUCGGUCUGGGUGGUGGUUCGAGCAUUUAACGCUUUUAACGGACUAUUCCGUGUUGGAAGUUCUAUCGAGUCUCGUGGUCAUGGCGUAAGCGGUGGUGUGAUAUUAUAGAAUGGAAGAAGAAGAAGAAAGAGAGAAGAAGUCGUCUUCUCCUCCAUGAACACCUCAAUUCUCUGAUUCUUUAACCAACCAAUUAUAUAUUUUUUUUCUUUUUUCUUUUUUAUUUUUCUGAAUUAAAAAAAAAAAAAACCAAUUUCUGUAUCUAUAAUAAACAAAUAAAAAUUUCUCUCAUUUUUUCUUUUUCAGUUUUUUUUUUCUUCUUCUCUGCGGCGAGUUUGUGAAUCAAAUCCCCAUUUUUUUUUUUCUGGAUCCCCUUACAAAUCUUCAAAGAAAGGAUUAAACAUUUUCAAGGGGAUCCAGCUCGCGCUUGCUGGUCUGGUUCAUAUAGGAUUUCCUCUCAUCUUUUUUUUUUUUUUUUUUUGGAUAUCUUAAAUACAAAUCCAGAUUCCGAUUGUUCUUCUGGUCGGUGAUCAUUUUGUUGCCGGAUUCGUUCGAGUUUCUGUUUCGGUAUGUGGAAGGACCCUGGUACUCCUGCUGAUUCCUUCUAUGAAGUUCGCCCUGAAUGCAGCGAUGUUCCUAAGACUCGCUUCAAGAUCAAGGCUGGGAAAACUUUAAGUGCAAGGAAAUGGCAUGCUGCAUUUACUCCAGAAGGUCGUCUAGAUAUCUCAAAGACACUUAGCAGAAUCCAACGUGGGGGUGUUCAUCCUUCAAUUAGGGGAGAAGUGUGGGAGUUUCUACUCGGUUGUUAUGAUCCUAAGAGCACCUUUGAUGAUAGAGACGCAAUACGGCAACGCCGAAGGAUGCAAUAUUCUAUAUGGAAGGAAGAUUGCAAGCAGAUGGAUUCUGUUGUUGGCAGUGGCAGGAUUAUCACAGCGCCUUUAAUCACCGAGGAUGGUGUGCCUAUUCAGGAUCCUUUAAAUCUUUUGGAAGCAUAUCCAAGUAAAGGAUUGGCUUCAGCUCCUGAAGCAGAUGGUGAUACUUCAGACUCUGAGAUUUCAUGUGAAAAUGAAUCCAAUAAUGGUGCAAGUUCAAGCACGUAUAAUACGCCAGAAGAGGUAAAGGGGGAAAAUAGUCAUGUACCAAAUGAGGCAACAAGCCAUGUUCCUCUGGACAAGAAAGUAAUCCAGUGGAAACUUACCCUACAUCAAAUAGGUCUUGACGUGGUUCGGACUGACAGGACGUUAGUGUUUUAUGAGAAGCAAGAAAAUUUAUCAAAGCUUUGGGAUAUUCUAGCAGUUUAUGCCUGGAUAGAUAAAGAUGUUGGCUAUUGUCAAGGAAUGAGUGAUCUUUGCUCCCCAAUGAUAAUACUUCUUGAAGAUGAAGCAGAUGCAUUUUGGUGCUUUGAACGCUUGAUGCGCAGAUUGCGAGCAAAUUUCAGAUGCACAGAAAGCUCAGUUGGCGUGGAGACACAACUUAGUAAUCUAGCAUCAAUUACUCAAGUACUUGACCCAAAGCUUCAUCAACACUUAGAAACUUUGGGUGGAGGUGACUAUCUAUUUGCAUUCCGUAUGCUUAUGGUCUUGUUUCGUCGAGAAUUCUCAUUUGGUGACUCAUUGUUCCUUUGGGAGAUGAUGUGGGCCUUGGAAUAUGAUCCUGACCUCUUCGAAUUAUAUGAGGAGCCUGAUCUAGCUAGCCAAAAAGGUGAGGGGUCUAAAGGAAAAGUGAAAUCAAUACGCCAAUGUGGGAAGUUUGAGAGGGAGAAUAUGAGAAGUGGAUCAGAAGCUCCUCUUCCUAUUUCAGUUUUUCUUGUUGCCAGUGUCUUGAAAACAAAGAGCUCAAAGCUAAUGCAAGAAGCACGGGGCCUGGAUGAUGUUGUUAAGAUAUUGAAUGACAUAACCGGAAAUCUAGAUGCCAAAAAAGCUUGCAGCGGCGCAAUGAAGCUUCACAAAAAGUAUUUAAAAAAGGCUAAGAAGACGUAGUAGUUGAGUUGAGGAAUUUUCAAAAGGUCUCAAUUUAUUAUCCCACCUACUCAAUGAAAUAAAGGGGUGGAGUUUUCAUACUGAACCGUGUGAGUUGGCGAAUACUACUUCCACCUACUCUCAGCUGAGGCAGUUCACAGAUAGUAGUUUCUGCCAAUGAACAAAAAAUCUGGCUGAAGCCUAUAUACUAAAAGGAAUUCCAGCAGUAGCAUUGUUGUAUGUGAAAUUUUUGUCGUCGUUUUGUAUACCAUGAAAUUUUACUAUAAGGUGUGCGGUCAUUUUAUAUUAUAGUACAAUUUGUUGCUUGUAAUGAUUGAUGAAAUUGCAAAGAAAAUUUUGCCUCUUCAGGGCUUCUUCCA